ACACUGUGUCGCACAGGCUGAAGACUGGAUCAGACCCUUUCCUGGAGGAAUAUGCUUCAUUUUUUUCCAUGAAUUUCAUCCGGAGAAGCCGAGGUUGCAAUUAAAAUCUGCGGAUUUUUUUCCCAUUCUUGUAUUCCAUCGGCUCGGUGAGAAGACGGGGGAAAUGAACGGUGGAAAUCCAGUGGAAGAGGCUGAUUUUAGCUCGUAAAGAGACGCCAACAAAGAGCAUUCAAGGAAGUAGGCUGCUGCCUGGUGAGGCAACGUAAGUUAGUUGAGCAACAAAUAGAAAGUCACCAUGAUGCACAACAGACUUCUCCGGCUGGCUUUGACAUUAUGCUUCUUUAUUCUCUUUCUAAACGUGGGGAUUUUUCAAGUAAAUGGGCAAUACGGCGGCGGAGAGCGAGGAAUGUCUAUCCCGGAGCACGGAUUCUGCCAGCCCAUUUCCAUUCCUCUGUGUACGGACAUCGCGUACAACGAGACUAUCAUGCCAAACCUGCUCGGCCACACCAACCAGGAGGACGCAGGGCUGGAAGUCCACCAGUUCUACCCUCUGGUUAAAGUCCAGUGCUCUCCGGAUUUAAAGUUCUUCCUCUGCUCCAUGUAUGCGCCCGUGUGCACGGUGCUGGAGCAGGCGCUGCCUCCGUGCCGCUCUCUGUGCGAGCGCGCACGGCAGGGCUGCGAGGCGCUCAUGAACAAGUUCGGUUUCCAAUGGCCCGACAGCCUUGCGUGCGAGACCUUCCCGGUGCACGGCGCUGGAGAGCUAUGCGUCGGGCAGAACAUGUCAGAUCGCACGGAGCCGGACAGCCCCGGCCUGUACCCCACCGAGCGCACCCUCCCUGACCCCAUGAGCGGUCAGUUCAGGUGCCCGGCCUCGCUCAGAGUGCCCCCCUACCUGAACUACCAUUUCCUUGGGCAGGAGAACUGCGGCGCUCCUUGUGAACCAAAGAGAUCUCACGGGAUGAUGUACUUCAACGAGGAGGAGCUGAAAUUCGCGAGGAUAUGGAUCGGUAUCUGGUCAGUGUUGUGUUGUGCUUCCACUUUAUUCACCGUGCUGACCUAUCUGGUGGACAUGAAGCGCUUCAGCUACCCAGAGCGGCCUAUUGUCUUCCUCUCUGGCUGCUACACUAUGGUGUCCAUCGCCUACAUCGCUGGAUUUUUACUGGAAGACAAGGUGGUUUGUAAUGACCGCUUUGACAAUGACAUAAGGACUGUGGUGCAGGGCACUAAAAAGGAGGGCUGCACUAUCCUCUUCAUGAUGCUUUACUUCUUCAGCAUGGCCAGCUCAAUCUGGUGGGUCAUUCUGGCUCUUACCUGGUUCCUGGCAGCAGGGAUGAAAUGGGGGCAUGAAGCCAUCGAGGCCAACUCUCAGUACUUCCACCUGGCAGCUUGGGCAGUUCCCGCCAUCAAGACCAUCACCAUCCUGGCUGUCGGUCAGGUGGAUGGAGAUGUUUUGAGCGGGGUUUGCUUUGUGGGCAUCAACAGCGUGGACGCCCUGCGGGGCUUCGUCCUGGCACCGCUGUUUGUCUAUCUCUUCAUCGGUACCUCCUUCCUCUUGGCAGGCUUUGUGUCCCUGUUUCGCAUUCGGACCAUCAUGAAGCACGACGGCACCAAGACGGAGAAGCUGGAGAAGCUGAUGGUGCGGAUAGGGAUCUUCAGCGUGCUGUACACUGUGCCAGCCACCAUCGUCAUCGCCUGCUACUUCUAUGAGCAGGCCUUCAGAGAGCAGUGGGAGAGGACGUGGAUCAGCCAGACGUGUAAGACGUAUGCCGUGCCAUGUCCCAUCCAGAACCACCCAAACAUGAGUCCAGACUUCACAGUCUUUAUGAUAAAGUAUCUCAUGACGUUAAUCGUGGGCAUCACCUCCGGCUUCUGGAUCUGGUCUGGGAAGACCCUCAACUCGUGGAGAAGGUUUUACACGAGACUGGCCAACAAUAAACAGGGUGAGACCACAGUGUAAUGUGGUCCUGUCCUGUCCCUCAUACAGACAAACUGAAUGAUAAUCCACUUCAUUAUUAUCAUUUGAUUUUUCUCGGACUUACAGAAGAUACUCGGUAUGUUUUUUAAUGUACAUAACACAUUUGUGAGAUUUUUGGAAGUAUAUAUUUGUAUUUAAAGAUUUUAAAAACAUUCUUUUUUAAAAACACAUUUUUUCAUACUUUGGACAUAAUGGAAUUGUACUUAAUCAUCACAAAGAGCCAGCUGACCAAUGAUCCUGAGGUCCCAUGACCUGACUUACUGUGGACACCACUGGGAGUAUUUCACAUCAAGUGUUUGUGUCUUUGAUCAGUGAACUGCCUGUGAGCGGUGGGUCUAUUCUAAGCAGUGUCCCGUGAAACCCAAGUGCUUCCUCGUGGCUCCCUUUUACCCUGAUUAACCAGCUGUAUUUGUGUCUGCUAUACAGUUGGGCAGCAGUUGAUGGGCUGAAGGGAAAUGUCAGCAGUCUGGGACAAGAAACAGUGCACAGGUUGUGAAUGUGAGUCAUUGUCACAGAUGCUUGUAGCUCAGGCCCUGACCAUUAUAUAUUUCAUUCCCAUAUGUAGCACACAUGAUUAUGCCAGGUUAAAGGACCACACCAGGGUUUUUGCAUGUCUUAGUUCUGAAAAUGUAGUAUUUCACAUUUUUACCCAUUACCUCUCAUGCAAUACUUGUGUUUUUCCUGCCUCCCUAGAAACUGUUAUUCUUUUAUUGAGCAACAAUUCAUACACCAUCAUACAGACACUUUAAAAUAGUUUGAGUGAGGUAGUUCUGCGAAGACACUAUCAUGACUGCUUAAUUAAAGUCAUGUUAUUGUUGCAUAACCCUCGAGGCCUCUUUAAAAUAACCUUACACUUUACACCUUAUGGUCCCAAAACGGUCCCUCUCAUACAAGCGUCAUAAAAAUGUGAUGUAUAAUUUUUUUUUCAGUUUUACCGCAUCAAUCCUUUAUGCAGCUUUCGACCUAUCAUAGAUAUAAAAAUAAAAAAUAAAUGUCAUUUUUUAUGUUUUAAUGCCCUUUUUGUCACAAGAACCCCCGAUUUUCUCACAAAAUAUGCAAUAUUUUCAAAAAUAAGGUGCAAAGUGGAAUAUUUGGGGUGAGGUUAUUACAGCCGUGACUAGGUCAAUAAUAAUUAAUAUCAAUCACAACAUACCAAGACCAUUUUUAUGUUGUUAACCUUUUCAUUGCCAUGCAUUAUGCAAAGUUUCCACUGAAACUGUAUGUGAUUUAGCUCUGCUGCCCCUGGUGGUUUGAGGGGGGUCAUGAAACCUAAAAUCUAUUUUCCCUUUAUUUUGAAGGGAGAGGCUUAGAUUUAUUAGGAAUUCAUGGGAAAAGCAUUAUAUUAUGUCAGGAUCACAGUGUAUCAAAAAUAUGUGUUUAUAAUGGAAGUCAUGGGACCAAAACGGGCCUUAAGGGUCAAAGUGUGAGUGAUAUGUGUAUCUCCUAUUCUAUACACCUUGCGAAAGAGUAAUUUUGGAUUUAAAAAAAAAAUUAUAAUAAAAAACAAAACCUGGCCAAGUUUCAUACAAUUAGCCUUUAAACUGACCGAUAUAUAUUGAGAAUCAAAAACAUAAAAUUAGCCGAAUGUCGUUUGGUCCCUAAGGUGCCUCGAGGGAUAAAGCAGGUUUAAAUGUAGAUUUAGUUCCUGCAAUAUGAAUAAACAUUUUAACAACUGACCAAAAUGAAAGAAGAUAAGAUGUUAACUGGUGGGAAAGAAUACAUCUAAAAUGAUAGAAAACAUUUUGUAAUCUUAUUAGACGACCAGCUGUAAUGUAACAUAAAUGUACUACAAGGCUCAUAAACAUGAACAAAUACUGGUGUGUUCUUUUUCAACAGUUGUUCAAAACAGCAUUAAUGGAUUGUAUUUGUAUUUAAUUAUCCUAGGUUGAAAAAUCAGCUGUAAUGGCAAUUUUAGUUGUUAAAAUACGCAGAAAACAUACAAAUUAUGCAGAAGACCUAAAGCACAUUUUAAAUAUCAACCAUUUUGCUGCACAUAGUGCUUUGUUAAAUGAUUGGACACCCUUUGAGCUUUCCAGUUUACUUAGUUACCCAACAAUCUUACAUUUUUUCUAUUGCAUCAAAGCAAUAACAAAAUGAGAAUUACUUCCGUGCAUUUAAGUCAACUAAAUUAAUUAAAAAUAUAAAAAAUGAUCUGCAUAUUAAUAGUUUUAAACUGAAGGUUUUGAACAUAAUGCAGAACUGAAUCGUUUUCUGCAUUUAUUUUUUUUGCCAGCAAAAGCUUAGAACUAUUUUCCGUGGAAUUUUAAUGCAACAUGAGCAUUCUGUGGAAUGUGGGGCUUAUGAACAGGUUAUGGGUAAAUAUAGUUCAGCUAUCAAAGGUACAGAACAAUGAAUGCACCAGCAUGCUCUUUUGUCUUCAAUUCCUGUUUUUUGUAUGUAAAAGCUUGAUGGUUAUAGUAUACACUGCAAAAACCAACUGACAAAAAACAAGAAAUAAAUAAGUAGAAUUAAGCAAAUACAUGCUCGAAACAAGUAAAAUGAUCUGCCAGUGUAGUAAGUAAAUGUUUCUUUGUAAAAGUUCUUAAAAAUAAGUAAAAAAUAUCUAGGCACUGGAAAAACCAAUGAUGUCUUAAAAUAAAUACAAAUAUACUUAUUUUGAGCUAUUGUGGCUUGAACAGCCUGACUGUAAUAACAUUUAAAAAAAAGACCACGGAAGAAACGGAAGAAUAAGAAAUAAGCCCACAGAAUAACAAUUAGUGUGCUUUUGCAAGCAAGCACACAAAAUAAUAAAAAUAGACCCGGUGAAUAGUAGUUAGUGUGCUUUUGCAAGCAAGCACACAAAAUAAGCACAUAAAGCUAUGGUCAGUAGGUAAAUUAUACUCAAAACAAUAUAAUUAGGAUACUAUUGCUAGAUAUAAGAAGACACAUAUGUUUAAAACCUUUAUUUUAUAAAAAAUGUAGUUUUAUUAGAAUCAACAUAAUAUCCUGGAGAGCAAUACAUUGUUCAAAAGCUUGUCUUUCGAAAGCUUGGGGUGUCCAGACUUCAACAUUGUACUGUGAAUGUGGUUUUAUCUAGUUGAUAGUAGGGGAGGUUGUUUGUCAUGCACAUAUCAUAACUGUUUGUAACAUUGCAUAGGGCUGCACAAUUAAUCUAAUUUUAACCGUGAUCACGAUUUUGGCCUCCACCAUCAAAUUAACCUGAUUGUUGGCGAUAUUUCCAUUUUUAAAUGCGGCUCUCCUGCAUAUCUAAUCAUGCACUUUCUACACCAGUAGUCCACCAACCACCAAGCAACUUUGUUGCUAAAUUUAGCGACUUUUCAGACCCCGUUAGCGACUAUUUUUCAAAAAAGCGUCUGAUGACAAAUCCAGCGACUUUUUCUGGUGUUAUUGGAGACUUUUGGAGACUUGUUCUUACUCUUCCUAAGGAGGGUUGGCGGCUCAUUAAGAAGAGUAAGAAUGAGCCGAAGCGGCAAAGUCCUCCUGCUGCAGUCUUUCCCAGCUGGAGAGCUGGAGGGGAUGUUAACCCCUUAGUGUCCUGUCUGCAAAUUGAUAAUAGGCUAACAAUUAGCUCUGUAGCAGUACAGUGUGUAUGUGCUGCUGAUACAGGAGGUAUUCACUUAGCGAUUGUUUCCCUAACAUGAUGAAUAAUUGUGAUUAAUAAUCGUGAUUACAAUAUUUAACAAUAUAAUUGUGAUUAUAAUUUUGGCCAUAAUCGUGCAGCCCUAACAUUGCAUAUUUUUGAUUCAUUUGUACUGGCGCAAUUUUUUUAAUACCUGGAGGUUGCAUAUGUCCGUUAUUGUUGAGAGGAAACUUGGGUGGAUGUGCAGAUGAAUUUGAUCCUGGUGUACAUAGCUGCGUGUCUGCACUGUGGGAUUGAAGAGCAGCCAGCAGCUUGCAUGUCUUCCACUGCAGGAGAAAGGAAGCCUUGUGUUGAAAUGCAGAGUGGCUGCUGUCAGUGCAGCUCGGCUCACACACACACACCAUGGCUGUUCUUGUCAAAUGCUCUUCCACACGGUGCUUCCGGUUCAUAAUAAUCCUUUUAUUGUGUUGACAGCUCUAUAAUAGUCACAGCUUUGAAGUAAUUUCCUUUGCAUUUGCUAUGAAAAGAACCUUUAUAUUUAUAUAAAAAAAAUCGUAUCUAUACACUACAUUGAUUGCUUUAUGAGAAUAAAAACAAUCUCACCAUUGCAACUGUCAA